AUGGGGAGCUCCGAGAGUGUGCUGCCAGAGGGGCCCGCUGCAAAGGCUUUGCAGGAGAUGACGAAGCCCAAGCGGAUUGCGAUCACAGACAGCUUUUGGUUCGAGCUGCUCAAAGUGCAGCUGCCAGGAAUGCUGAAGCCUGGCUUCUUUGAGUCCCACUAUGCGGAGCCAACGGUGCUUGAUGCAUUAGUGAGAGACGCAUACUUUCUGCAGCUCGUUGCGACCAACGAGCACAGCGCGAACUUCCGCACCUUCUUACGCUUCUGGGCCAGGCUUCUCCACUAUUACCGGACUUCUCCGGCAGAUGCGAAGCCUUGCACCUUCUCAGCCGUCCUCAGCCUGUCGCUGCUGUGCCGCUGCCUCCUGAAGCAGUUUGCCGAGUGCUUUGCCGCGCACGAGCUACUCUUCCAGCUUGAGCAGGUGCCGCUCCAUGAGGAUGAGGCCUCGGUCCAGGAAGGCCACAUCCCGGUGAACUACCGGGGCAAGCGGUUGCAAGUGAGAUGGCCGGAACAGCCAUCAGAAGGCUCUUUGAAGUCUUUGCUAGUGGAGCCCAUGUGCGCGCUGUGUCCAGAGGACGCGGCUGCGCUGCAAGAGAGCUGCAUGCUGAGAGUGCUGCCCACUGGUGAGAGCGUCUCGAUGCUCGAGGCUGCCGAGCGGAUGGUGGAAGCUGACGUUUCGGAAUUGGUGCUUUGCCCCACGGCUGUGCCGUCAUACCAAGGCAGUGUACUUCGAAGCGUCUUCCGGGAGUUGGCGGACUUCCUCGUGUGCUCGACCUUCGGUGCGAUGAGCAGCACGCCAUCGGUGCAAGGCGAAGAGGAUGAUGGGGAGCAGCGGCGAAAUCUCUCCAUGUCUCCCACCACGAUGAGACUGCAGGCACUUCUGUACGAGAUUCUUCUGCUGCUGUCUGCAGUGGUAGCUGCCACUGCGACGGACACGGGGACAGGAUAUCGCAGCACCUGCGCGCCCCUCGUCUUCGCCGCCGCGGAGCGGCGGAGGGCGGAGGCGGCCUUCCGCCUGCGGGCGCAGGCGGCGGAGGCCGCAGGCCAGAGAAUGUCUUCGUCCUCCCAGGAGGAGGCUGGAAACGGUGAACUCGAGCCAAAGUUGCCGAGUGGAGACUCUGCCAAGCUACCCUUUCUGCAAGCUUUGCUGGAGGUGCUGCAGGAGGAAGCUGAGGAGGUGGGAACGGAGGAGAGCAAUGGAACGCGCAUCGGUACUGGGACAGCCAACGUUGCUCCCCCAGACUCGAGCCGGGCCAAGGCCUUUUUGGCGACCUUGCUGAACAUCGUGUGGCUGGAGCCGCAUGCUGCGCUUCUUCCAAAUCCGCCCAAAGAGGUCCUGAGCCUCAUGAGCAUGAAUCCUGCAGAUCCGGACAGCGCGCCCUUCCGGGGCGUCGAGGUGUCAAAGCUCUACUUGGCGUCUUCCGAGCUCAUGCCUGGCCUGCCGUCGGGCUUCGUGGGAGACGACGGUGCUGCUGUGGAAGCUGGCAGCGCGGGCAAAGCUCUAUCCAAGCGAGCCUUGUUGGUGCUUUUGCUACUGCUUUUCCACUCUCCACAGGAUCACCCGAGGAUCGCGCAGGCCUUUGCCUCUCUGGCGGAUCCGCGGCUGGAUCAGCACGACUGCGCCGGGGGCUUUGGACGACUCGCCGAAGGGCUAGCCUCGAGAGGGCGAUUGAAGUUGGUGGUGAAGUAG